AUGUAUUCUAUUCAAGAGGGGAUAUGCAUUGAUGGGGUUUUGUAUUACUCAUCUGUAAUACCUGACGAAAGGUCUUAUGUGUUAGUUUGUUUCAAUGUUCGGUCAGAGAAAUUCAAGUUUAUUGAUGUAGGAUGGCAUUAUGGGAAAUUGAUAAACUAUAAGGGUAAAGUGUGUAGCGUUCUUCGUUACGCUAGUAGGGUUCGUGCUUGGAGUCGUGCCCUUGAGUUGCGUAUGUUGGUUCUAGAGGAUGUCGAAAAAGGGGAAUGGUCGGAAUAUGUACAUGUCUACACUUUACGGGAUGAUGAAUUCCUUGAUGACCCCAAUGAUUUCCACGAUAUUUCCGUCGCUGGAGUGACAGCUACAGGUGAAUUUGUUUUGUCACCGAACAAUACAUAUAGACCGUUUUAUGUUUAUUACUUCAAUCCGGAAAGGAAUACUCUCCAACGUGUUGAAAUCCAAGGCUUUGGAACUAUGUUUAGCUGUUGUAACAAUGACGCUUACGCGUUUGUAGACCAUGUAGAGGAUCUUAAGUUUAAUAUCACCGAGACAACACCUAUGAGCCAACCAGGACCAGGACAGAAGCGUAAACCCAAGAGCGUAUCAACAUCAUCUAAGCCUCACCUCCAACAACAUCGUGGAACGUUUGAGAUCGUUAACAAAUUCAAUGCUCUGUGUCUUUUAGAUGAUGAUUAG